CGACGAAGACGAUACAUCAGUAGAAAGUUACGCGGCAGUUAUCUGUUCCAAUCGGAAUGAUGCAUGCUGCGGAGCAUCCAAACACGAUGAUGAGAAAAGUUUUAGUAUCGCCGCAGCACCGGCUGAUACUACGACUUUAGGCGAGUGUCCGGUGGCAACAGUCGACGCGGUUUCCCAGGUGGGAAGCCGACCUAAAAACUUGCUGCAGACCGUAGAUGAACAUGACUGCCUGUUGUUACACCUUUGCGACAGCCUCUGCUGAUUAAAAUGGAUAAUGAUGCCGACCUGGUUCGGGCAACGUCUACAGCUGUAUCUUGUCGAGAAGGGGUUUCGCCGAGUACCGCCCGAACUCGAAGAUCUUUGUGGCAUCGGUUCCGAGUUUCCUCCACUGCGGUUGCACAGCGGUGUGCCGACAGAGUCGUUGCUGUGAUGCGGCGUGUUUGCGUCGUUCCGACGUUCCACGUGCUUGUCUUUCAAGGCUUUCUAGGCACUAUUCCUUGGCGCGGCUUUCCAUUUCUUGCAAUGUACUAUAGAAAUCUUGGGUUUCCGCCUGAAGCGGUUGCACAGUUGAAUUCGCUGCCACGAUUCGGUGGCAUCGCUCUCGCGGUCUUUGGUGGUUAUCUAGGAGAUUGGGCAGCCAAAUAGAACUUUUCGUUUCUUUCGGGACGUGUCCUGGUCGCGCAAGCGUCCGUUUUUCUUGGGAUUCCGUGCUGGAGCUUGAUGCUGCCUCCGGAUGAAACACUUCUUAUCGAUGAUGAUGCAGCAGAACCAGACAAAUUGAGAGGUACGUCUAUGAAAAAUCUCUCUACAUCUUCACAUACAUCGG